AUGAUCUUUUUAUACACCGGCGGUACGAGUUUACGAACAAUCACACCAUUUUUGCGAGAGAAGAUCGUCCUGCCGAAUAACACGACCUUAAGACCUUUACCGUGUCCUGGUUACUUUUUCUUCAACGAGCAACUCAGUCCCAAUUACGAGAUCAUUUUUUUCGUACAAGUCUUCUGCGGAUUCAUCAAUUACACGACAUUAUCUGGAUCUCUCGGACUUUGCACGAUACUUUGUCUACACAUGUGCAGCAUGCUGAGAAUCUUGGGGAAUAAAAUGAACAAGCUUUCGAAUUUGCAGAAAACGGAUGAAGACACUGUGCAGAAAGAAAUCGUGGAUAUCGUUGAAUAUCACACCAAAUUCAAAGGGUGAGUAUUUCUUUUUAAAUAGUAAUAUAAAAGCAAAAUAAAUCAUUAAAGAUACUAUUUGCUUUCAAGUAUACAGGCCGGGCCGAUACCUAUUGCCACCUGA